AGAAAACCAACCAAACAAAACGAGUGAGUCUUUGACGGGGAAGACAGGCGUCGGCCAGCGCUUCCUCCCUUCCCGUUCACGCGCACACCGACGCGCUCCUCUCGCCAAUUUUCUACUCUUCCCUCCCUCCGCUUUCCGCCCCGCGCCCUCCCGCAUCUCACCUGCGAGCAGAUCUCGUCGGCGUCGGCGUCGGCCCCCGCGCCACGCCGGACCCCGACCUGACCCCCCACCCAGUCUGCCUCCUCCGCGCCCCGGAUCUGCCGGCCAUGGACUCCGGCGGCGGGGCCACGGCCAUCCGCGUGCCCUACCGCCACAUCCGCGACGCCGAGAUGGAGCUCGUCAGACUCAACAGCACCAACGGCACCGGCGGCGACGCCGCGCGGCCCAAGGAGGAGCAGGGCAGCGGCGCCUCCGGGGAGGGCGGCAGGAAGGGCGCGCCCAAGUGGCGGGUCGUGCUGGCCUGCAUGGUCGCCGCCGGCGUGCAGUUCGGCUGGGCGCUGCAGCUCUCCCUCCUCACCCCAUACAUCCAGACUCUAGGAAUAGACCAUGCCAUGGCGUCCUUCAUCUGGCUUUGUGGGCCUAUUACUGGUUUUGUGGUUCAACCUUGUGUUGGUGUCUGGAGUGACAAGUGCCGCUCCAAGUACGGGAGGAGGCGGCCGUUCAUUCUGGCUGGAUGCGUGCUAAUUUGUGCAGCUGUAACUUUAGUCGGGUUUUCUGCAGACCUUGGCUACAUGUUAGGAGACACCACUGAGCACUGCAGUACAUACAAAGGUCUAAGAUAUCGAGCUGCUUUCAUUUUCAUUUUUGGAUUCUGGAUGCUGGACCUUGCAAAUAAUACAGUUCAAGGACCUGCUCGUGCCCUCCUAGCUGAUCUUUCAGGUCCUGAUCAAUGUAAUUCGGCAAAUGCAAUAUUCUGCUCAUGGAUGGCUGUCGGAAACGUUCUUGGUUUUUCAGCUGGUGCGAGUGGGAACUGGCACAAGUGGUUUCCUUUUCUGAUGACUAGGGCCUGUUGUGAAGCUUGUGGUAAUUUGAAAGCAGCUUUCUUAAUUGCAGUUGUAUUCCUUCUGUUUUGCAUGGCUGUUACCCUCUACUUUGCUGAAGAGAUUCCGCUGGAACCAAAGGAUGCACAGCAGUUAUCUGACUCGGCUCCUCUACUGAACGGUUCUAGAGAUGAUCAUGAUGCUUCAAGUGAACAGACUAACGGAGGACUUUCUAACGGUCAUGCUGACGCAAACCAUGUCUCAGCUAACUCCCGUGCUGAGGAUUUUACAGAUGCAGGCUCCAACUCGAACAAAGACGAUGUUGAGGCUUUCAAUGAUGGGCCAGGAGCAGUUUUGGUUAAAAUUUUGACUAGCAUGAGGCAUCUACCUCCUGGAAUGUAUUCUGUGCUUCUGGUUAUGGCCCUAACAUGGCUGUCGUGGUUUCCCUUUUUCCUUUUUGACACCGACUGGAUGGGGCGUGAGGUUUAUCACGGUGACCCAAAAGGAAAUGCGAGUGAAAGGAAAGCUUAUGAUGAUGGUGUCCGAGAAGGUGCAUUUGGUUUGCUAUUGAAUUCAGUCGUCCUUGGGAUUGGCUCUUUCCUUAUCGAUCCAUUAUGCCGGAUGAUUGGUGCAAGAUUGGUUUGGGCAAUUAGCAACUUCAUAGUGUUUGCCUGCAUGUUGGCUACAACAAUACUAAGCUGGAUCUCCUAUGACCUGUACUCGAGCAAGCUUCAACAUAUUGUCGGGGCAGAUAAAACAGUCAAGACUGCAGCGCUCAUUCUUUUCUCUCUUCUUGGAUUGCCACUCUCGAUCACUUAUAGCGUUCCGUUCUCCGUGACUGCUGAGCUGACUGCCGGAACAGGAGGCGGACAAGGUCUGUGUUGUUGGUGUUUUCUUCUUUACAGUGUGUUUCAGUUAUUAUUCUUGACUGAGAAUGUCUGCACAUGUCCAGGUUUGGCUACUGGAGUUUUGAAUCUUGCCAUUGUCGCUCCUCAGAUAGUGGUGUCACUCGGAGCCGGCCCAUGGGACAAGCUCUUGGGGGGAGGGAACGUCCCUGCCUUCGCCCUAGCCUCGGUUUUCUCGCUGGUAGCCGGAGUGCUCGCGGUGAUCAAGCUGCCCAAGCUGUCGAACAACUAUCAAUCCGCCGGCUUUCACAUGGGUUGAACCCCGGAAACCAAAACUCGAAGCCUGCUGUUGUGUGUAACAUCCAGAUGUUCACUGCCAACAUUGCUAAACCUCACCCAUUUUGACAUUUGUUUACAUAUGGAGAUGAUUCUUUUCCCCUUCUUGUUAGAUACACAGUAAUAAGAUCAAAGAUGAGAUAGAGAUUAGGAUAGAGAGGUAGUUUUUAGGCCUGUGUAUACAAGUGUCAGCCCCAAGUUGUAAAAGAUGUACACUUUUUUACUGUAUAUUAUUUCACGGAUGACA